GUAGACUUAAAAUAGGUCUAUGUGUAAGCUUCCCUGAAGCCGUCCGUCGCAUGGGCUGGGAGAGCGACUCAGCGGGCGUAAAUCAUGCUUACUGCUUGGGUAAGUGGCGCCGUUGUGUUUCCCGGCCUGUUCUAUGGGCUAGGGAAAAUACUCAAGUUCGCUUUCAGACACUGGGACGACGCAGAAGUAGUGACCGUCAGCGAAAGGCUCGUUUCUGCUAUCCAUGCCACCAUUUGUACUGCAAGUGGAAUUACAAUUGUGUCAUCUUGCAAGAAUGUCAUGACUGACAGUCAUUGGCUGGUCAAUGAGUAUAUGUUAUUUGGCUCUUCUUAUAUGGCCACUGACCUUGUUGCCAUGUACCUGAGUCACUACCAUAUUCAGAGGCGCCAAAGUCAGAACAGCAUAUACAACAGCCACAAUCAGCAAACGAUGAAGGCUUUCUUCUCCAAGGACUGGUUGCUCAUCCUCCAUCAUUUGACCCUCGUUUUGGUUUUCAUGCCCAUCGCUAUGUUUCUCCGAAGAGGACUGGGCGAUUUUUUCCUCGGGUGCUUUUUCAUCGCAGAAUUCAGCACACCUUUUCUCUGUAUGGCAAAGAUCCUCAUUCAGCUGGGAGUAGACAACACCAGGCUGCACAUAAUCAACGGCAUAUUGCUCCUCUUGACGUUCUUCAUGUGUCGAAUCUUGAUCUUCCCCUUCAUGUACUGGAUGUAUGGUCGGCAGAUCAACAUGCCGCUGCACAAAGUGCCCUUCAGUUUGCCUUGGCACUGCAACGUGGGCAACCUGACUGUCCUCGCGCCACAGCUCUACUGGUUUUACCUCCUGCUGAAGAAAGCCAAGAGACUGUACAAUAAACAUAGAAAGGUUAAUUAAAUCCAAACAGACCAUACAUUUUGGCUCCUAAAAAUAAGUAAACAGUUUACAACUCAGACAUGAACUAAUUUAGAUCGCUGUAAACCUUUCUAAGCACUGCUAGUUUGUUUUUCUGUUACAACCAGCACAGUGCACUUUCUUAAAAAGGAAUGUAAGAAUCUUGUACUGAGUUCAAUAUAACUCCAUGUUUUUAUGAUUGUUGGGAUUCUGUGCUAUCACUGCAAACUAGAAUUUCUAUAUUUUGUUUUACAUAAAUACACUUAAAAAUCAUCCAGUGUGAUAAAUUGA